AUGCUAUCAAAAAGGAAGGUUUCAUCAUAAAAUCAAGAAGAAUCAUCUAACUCUAUAGAAUAAUUAUGCAAUAAAAUUCGAAAGGUGAUAGUGAGUGAAGUUGGUGAAAAAUAUAUCUAAAAUCAUUCUGAGAAAGGAGUUAAGAAAAAAAGAACUAAGCACAAAUGUAAACGUUAAGAUGAAUAAUAACUGAUUGAAUUAAUCCAGAAUGAUCCUGUAGAAGUAGAAGAAUAGCUUUCUUCAAUUAAAGCGAUAUCUGAAUCCCAAUCAUGGGUAUUUGAAGAACUAUUUGAGGAAAUAAAUAAGCUCAAUACCCAUUAAGAGAUUGAAUGA